AUGGCUUUCCUACUUUGUCCCCAGCUACCAAUCACAAGAUGUUUCAUGCAAACGGGAGGAUGGAUACGAGCAGAUUCUCAAAUUUCGAACGCUAGGUCGCUACAAAAGUUCGCACAUGCACGCUUUGCAUCGCGAUCGAGUCGACCACAGAAACUACCCAAGGGCUCAAAACCUAUCAAGCCUACAGUUCGCCGCAAUGCUGAACCAUACACACGGAAACUGCAGCCUGAUCUCUCCACAUCUAAGAAGGCUGCUUCUUUGUUGAACCAUGUGAACAAACUCAAGAGGGAAGCCCCUAUCGAAGCCAAGGUUGUGGCACCAAAAAUUGAACAUCCGGCACCGGUCGUGGAGGCGCAAAUUGUACCCAAGGAAGAUGGAACGAAGACCGUUGAGAUUGAUGAGGAGGAGUUGGCGAUACAACGCCGGAUUGUCAAGAAUCGACGUAAAAUCUUCUGGCCCGGCGUUUGGACUGUGUUUGCCGUUGCUGGCACCUAUGGCGUCUUCGCAUUCCUGGACACAAAGUUUGGUUCGCAGUCGACUGAGGAGUCUGCGCCUUCAGAGCGCGCGCAAAUACCCCAGACCUGGUACAUGACGCCGACCGUUGUGAUAGAAGGUGUCAAGGCUGGUUGGGCCGAGCUCGACAAGCUCACGAUUGGCAUCGCAGUCCUCUGCGUUGCGAUGCACUUUCUCAGAAAAUCGCCGCUGCCGAUAUGGGAGAGACUUAUCCACAUUACUGGCGAGAAGAGGUAUACGGCGUUUACAUACCCGUUGAUACACAGCAAUUGGGCUCAUCUGGGCAACAACUUCUUCGGAUUAUGCUGGUUCUUGCCUGGCGUGGUGCAUUACUUCGACAACGACUCAUUCCAUGCCGCAACCUUUCUCAUUACCAUUCCCCUGAUCACCACAUUCCUGCAACACUUCGUAUUUCGCUGGACCACUGUGAGAGGUAUACCACUCAACAUGGGUGCGAGUGGAGCUAUUGCAGCUGCGCUUGGAGCAUUUUGCAUGGCGUAUCCCGACGAGAAAGUGUGGACGCCCAACUUUUUGGUAUUCCGCAUGGAUGCAAAAUAUUGUGGAGUGCUAUAUGUUGCCUGGCAGCUGGUCUCUGAAAUUAAGGCACCGAAAGGAGGUGGCAGUCGGCCAGAUUUUAUUGUUCACACACUGAGCUUGCUGCUCGGCGCAGCGUACGUCUACUUUGAUGUGAAGGAGAAUGUCUGGAAGCCAUUAGUUGCGCAAUUCGCAACCACAGAUGACCAACUGUCGAAUGAAGUGAAGCUGGGCGUACGGAACACACGGCUUUGCUGCGCAAAGACGCGAAUAGGAACCACCGGAAAGCAGCCGAGCCCAGAAAACAUAUCGCAGGGCAACUUCAACAACAUCUUCCACAUCAAUCGACACUGCAUACAACGAUACCAUGCCAUCAAGCACAGGCACUAUUCUCCUCUACUUCCUCGCAAUAUGGCUACCAUUCCUCCCGGUUGCAAUACGACGAGGAUGCAGUGCAGACCUUUUCAUCAACAUUCUUCUGUGCUGUUUGGGCUGGAUUCCUGGCAUCAUCCACGCCUGGUACAUUAUUAGUAAGACAGAACGGCACCCUGGGUCAAUGGGGCAUUCUGAUGGAAAGAAAUAUUGAGACGAGACGAUGCUUCCGGGGUUUACGGGGUACGCGAUUACGAGAGCGAUUUGAUGAUUCUGCGCAUGGGGCGCAAUUUGUAUUAUACAUAUGUACAGGGAAGCGUUGGCGUUCAAGCGUAGGGAAUCAAGUCCAUCUUCAACCAUGAUG